ACAUCACCUGAUUUUUAAAAUUUUAAUUACUCAUGCAAAAAGUAAAUCCGUUUAAAAACGAAGAUAUUUCAAAGAAAACCUUUUGUUUUAUAAUUUUAUAAGCAAUGGCCUCAGCAACAAAUAUACAUUCUGGAGACCCAGAGACCAAUGAAACGCCAGAAGAACUGAAAGAGAGGCUAAAAAAAGAACAAGAAGAAUUAGAACUUCAAAAGCGUAUGAAAAACCUCAGGCGAAGAAUGGAACGAGCAAAGAGAGAGUACGACGCUCUGGACGCAAGGGUGUCCAAAAUGAAGAGAAAUUUUAGAAGACCCAUUCCAAAGCCGAAGGUAUCUCCUUACAGACCGUUGGAUCCGCCGCCCCCGGAAAUCAGAAGGAAGAAAGUAGUGGUACUCAAAUCACCGAGUGAAGAACAAGAACAAAAUUAAAAAGGGCCGAGUAUUUUUGUGUACAUACGGCAAUAAAAUAAUUUUUAUUGGAUUUUAUAAAAGGUUGA